AUGACGGUUUUCCAGCUUCUUGAACAAUGCCAUCCUCGAUUAUGCUCCAAAAUAAUUGACAAUAAUGGUGAAGUGAGAUAUACAUCUUUCAAUCAACUGAUUCCACGCCAUUUUGUCAUGAUGACUGAAGGCCUUAAAUUUCGUGAGCGAGUACCAUAUGUCAGUUCAAAUCGACAAAUGACAGUUCGGGUAGUUCCUAUUUCUUUGUUUUCGGACGAUACUAGCGGCAAUAGAUCUAAAAAAUGGAACUGUUUCGACAGCUGGGUGAUGGACAUUGCUGCGUUCGAUCUUGAGGAUAGCAACAAGUACGAAAAUCAUUUCUUUCUGUGUACCAGUAAUCACAAAGUCACCGCAAUGGAAAUGGUUAAGCCUUUGACAGAAGAUUUACUCGAGUUGGAAAAAGGAAUAGUGAUGUAUGAUGCCGAACUUCAAAAAAAUGUUUUUGUGAUUGCACCUGUACUGCUUUUUCGUGGAGACAACGUUCGUCAGGCGGAACUAGCCUUAAGGAAAGGAUCAAGGGUAAUCACCCAUGUAGAUUCUGUUAUUGAACCUGGAAGUUCGAACAAAUGGGGAGAAAUCGGGUUCAAGCUAACAGGUGCUGAGGAUUUGUUGAAGUUAAAGGCGGUCGAUUUGUCUCAAGAUUUGCCUCUUCAACUGUUAAGUCUAUUUUUCCGAAACUACAACUUCAAAGCAUUGCAUUGCAACCUUACAUCUUCAUUAACCGCAUUUCGCUCUUUUGUCGGAAGAGAUUUCAAAAUCCUCGUACAACUACUCCCAACACUUUUGCAAAAAGCAAACUUUUUCAAUCCUUCAUUGUUCGAUGAAAAUCAAGAUUCCUUUAGAUCCAUGUUUGAAUGCUUUGACAAUCUCGGCUUACUCGCUUCACUGGUAUACAUGGAAAAAAUCGACAAUUUUCACUACUACAAGCAAAUAUUAGAUAUAACUGUGUCAAAGACCAUCACAGCUAUGGACGACUUACAUCAUACGACCGUUUUGACUAGAAGAAGAUCUGCUGCUGCUGGAACAGAAGCUAUCACCAAAAUGAACUUUUCGUCAUUAGGUGAGCAGCAACACAAGUUCAUGCGUGAGCUGUUGUGCCAUACUAACAGACAGAACGGUGGGCGAGAUGUUGCUGUUCGAUUUGCCGAAGAGUUCAUGCUUCGUCAUAUCAGUCAAGGUGGUUUAUUUGUUAAGGAUCCGUCUUUUUCAGUUUGGGAAACGUGUGGCGUCAAAGUUCUGGAAUCGUUUGAUGCAACGAUUAAUCAAAGCGAGCUUGAAUUAUUAGACAACAUCAACAGCCAGAAAAAGCUUGCACUUUGAACUACUGGUGUCUUUCGCAAUGGUAACAGUUCCAAGUCAAGCGGUCUUUCCCUUGGUAAAAUUGUUAUGAAAAACGGCCAAGACUUCCUCGUCCAAGCAUAUGAUUUCGUUUGUCAUGACUCCUUUUCGCAAGGUCCACAAUCAAGUAUUUAUGAAAGCUGCGUUUUAGAUGUUGCUGGCAAUGUUAUAACUCGUAGACUACCAGGUGACGAUUUUGUAAUUGCUGGUCAUGAACAAAAUCGCGUUGAAUUCUUGCUGGACAUGUCACAACCUCCUAUCUCUUCGGAUUACGACACUUCUUCGACGUUGAGUAUUAACAAAUCAAAAUUCGGUAGCAUUUGGUGG